CUGAUGUGAACUCUGGAGAAACAUUAUCUUCUGGUUCCUGUCAGAACCAUAGACUGUAUAUAAACAGGUCAGAACUGGAACUGAAUCUUUUCACAGAAACAUCCUGAUGAUGAAUCAGUGACACCUGAUCAGAUGUUUCUACGGUUCUUGAUGAUGCGCAGGUGAAAAAAGGCCUAGAGACUUGUUUUGUGUGUGUGUGUGAGUGUAUUGUCUAUUGUGUUUUGUGUGUGUGUGAGUGUAUACAAUGUGUGACCGCUCUGUGUUCAGGACUCUUCCUGGCCCCUCCCCCCUGCUGACGCAGCUGACUCUGGACUCUGUUUCCAUGAGAACAAAGCUGAAUGACCGACCACGGUUCCAGAACUCCAUCCUCCCAUAAAUCGCGGCUCUGAGCGGCUCUGCGCGGUUUGACACUGGGAUCCACUGAGCGUCAUGCCUCUGCCCCGACGCCGCUCAUCCUUCCUGGGACAACCGUCCUCCGACCGCCCGGCCGCCCCCUCCUGCGGGCGGAUCGGCUCAGCCGGCGCCGCUGCAGCCCGCGGGGUCUUCGUGGGCUCCGUCCCGCCAGUGGGCGGAGCCUCCAGCAUGGGGACGCGGGUCUCCCGACGGGCUCUGGGCAUCAGCAGCGUGUUCCUGCAGGGGAUGAGGAGCAGCGCGGCCCCGGUCCUGCCACGGGCCCGUGACCGGACGGCGGGUCACGGGGCGGCGGCCGGAAUGAACAGCUGUCUGAUGGAGUACAGAGACAAAGUGAGAGCUCUGGAACAACUGAACCAGCAACUGGAGGAACAGAUCCGACUGUGUCUGGACCGCAAGGCAUCCAGCGCCGGGGCCUGGGGACCGCUCCGCAGGGAGUGGGAGGACGUGUACCGACAGGUCAGUGAAGCCAUCCUGGACAACGCUCGUCUGAUGCUGCAGACGGAAAACGUCCAGGCCAACGCAGAGGACUUCAAGGAGAGGUAUGAGAACGAGCAGCCGUUCAGGAAGGCGGUGGAGGAGGAGAUCGGUUCUUUGUACAAAGUCAUCGACGACGCCAACCUGACGAAGGCCGAGCUGGAGGAGCAGAUGGAGAACAUGAGAGUGGAGCUGCGUCACCUGGAGCAGAACCACGAGCAGGACGUCCGAGUCCUCUACAGUCAGAUGGCGGGUCGCGAGGUGGACGAACCCGACGCUCCCAUAGAAACCAGUCUGGACCAGAUCCUGGCCUACAUCCGGAGCCACUGGGAGAAGGUGACAGAGAGGAACCGGGCCGAGACUGACAGCUACCAGCUGGAGUGUAAGGAGGCGCAGUGUGUGAGCAGCAGACUGAGUCCAGAGGAGGAGCAGGUGGAGGCGCUGAAGGUCGAGUGUCACGACACCGGCUGUAAGAUCCAGAGUCUGCAGGCGGAGACCGAGUCGAUCAGAGCGCUGAAACGAGGCCUGGAGAACUCGCUGGGCGACGCCCGUCACUGGCACGACAUGGAGCUGCAGAACUUGGGCUCGGUUGUGGCGAAGCUGCAGGCGGAGCUUGUGGACGUGCACGGAGAAAUCGAGCAGCAGCGUCGCGACUAUGACACGUUGCUUAGCAACAAGCAGCGUCUGGAGCAGGAGAUCGGGAUGUACCACGGAAUCCUGGAUGGGGAGGAGAGUCGCUACCAGCCAGGAGAGACGGCGUGUUCAGGCCUCCAAUCGGAGCCUGAGGGAGCCGCCCCUGAUCCAGACUCCAGGACCGACACGCCAGGUUCUCCAGGUGCUUCAGGUUCUCGCUCCCUGUGAGGACGUGAACAGAACCAAGGACUCGGACGCAUCAGCUGUUCGGUGAUGACAUCACAGCAGGUGUUUCGUGUUAUUGAUGAAUUGUUUUGAUAAUCUGCUGCUGAUAGAUCGAGACAAUAAAGGAGUUUGAAUCUGG